GCUUGGGUGACGUCACGGUGCUGGGCGCGCCCCCGGCUCCUGGUGACGAGCUGUACGCCCUUGGCUGGGGAGCAGAGAGGUGCGUGCACGCGCGGCGGGAGCGAGCAUGUCCACAGCCAGAGCUAAGAAAGUGAAGAUGGCCACCAAGUCCUGCCCGCAGUGCGACCAACAGGUGAGACCUGCCCCCUGGGGCCCCUGCUGAGCACACAGUGCCGCCCAGCCCCCAGCCUGGGGCCCUCCCUGGGAAUAGGGGUCAUAUCUGGGGUCCAUGCUGAGCACAUGCCCUGUCUGUCACACACAUUUAUUGCAUUUAUACCGCCACAGCAUGGGUCAGCUGUCACUGUGUGCUGCCCAGCCAGGGCUCAAUGGGUUACAUUACUGUCAUGUGCACACAGGGUGCACACAGGGGGUGAGGGGCUUGCUGGGGUGCACACAGGGGGUGAGGGGCUUGCUGGGGUGCACAGGGGGUUGCUAGGGACCCAGGGGGUGAGAGCUUGCUGGGGGUGCACAGGGGGUGAGAGGCUUGCUGGGGUGCACAGGGGUGGGAGGCUUGCUGGGGGUGCACACAGGGGGUGAGGAGCUUGCUGGGGUGCACACAGGGGGUGGGAGGUGCACACACAGGGGGCUUGCUGGGGGUGCACACAGGGGUGGGGGCUUGCUGAAGGUGCACACAGGGGGGGGGAGGCUUGCUGGGGGGUGCUUGCUGGGGUGCACACAGGGUGUGAGGCUUGCUGGGGUGCACACAUGGGGGUGAGGGCUUGCUGGGGUGCACACAGGGGGUGAGGAGGCUUGCUUGGGGUGCACACAGGGGGUGAGGAGGCUUGCUGGGGUGCACACAGGGGGGGAAGGAGGAGGCUUGCUGGGGGUGCACACAGGGGGUGAGAGGGGCUUGCUGGGGUGCACGGGGGUGAGAGGCUUGCUGGGGGUGCACACAGGAGGUGGGGAGGCUUGCUGGGGUGCACAGGGGGUGAGGGGCUUGCACUGGGGGUGCACACAGGGGUGAGGGGCUUGCUGGGGUGCACACACAGCUUGCUGGGGUGCACACAGGGGUGGGAGGCUUGCUGGGGGUGCACACAGAGGGGUGAGGGGGGUGCACACAGGGGUGAGAGGGCUGGGGUGCACACAGGGGUGGGAGGCUUGCUGGGGUGCACACAGAGUUAAGGUUGGCUGUGAUGAUCACCAAGGUUAAGUCAUGCUAAGGGUUAAAAGCUUGCUGGGAUGACCAUGAUCAGGAUCAGUGUGUGUAUGUCCUCUUUCCUAAUGUCCUUCCCCAUUGACUCGUUUUAUUCAAUGCUGGUGUGUAAAACAAACAAAAACCCAUAUGAAAGAGUUAAAAGUCAUGCUGGGAAGCAUAAAAUGGUUAAAUGUAUGCUGGACUGUACUCUGCCUGAACUGGGACCAGCCUAAACAUCCUCAUUCCCUUGACCUGUCUCAGUAGCAUUGGUAUCCCCCCACUCUGAUCCUGAAAGUUGAAAAUGUUGAUUGACAUUUUAUUGGAUUAAUUGGUUAUAUUUAUUGUAACACCAUGGAGAGGGUUAAAUUAGCUCAGAAUGCUGAGGGUUGCCUUUUACAAUGCUGUUACCACCUUAAAAUAAAAAGUGUUAAUACUGGAUUUUGCUAAGAAGCCGAGGAGGUGGUGCUGCCUGCCUGGUCCCUGGGAUGGUGUUAAUAAGUUUUGCCUUGGUGACAAUUUAAUGAGGUCUGCUCAUUUUCUGAACUUCCUGUUAAUAAUCCUAUUUCCAUGUUUAAAUUGUUCUAACCGUAAUCACCGCUGCUGUCUUUGUAGCAAUUUCUCUUAGCACAAUACUACUGAAUAUGAUGAGAUUUAUCAAAGCACAGUAGCCGGAUUUAGUGUAAAAUUAUAUUAGCAGUUGUGUUUUUUUUUUUUUGUUUUUUUGUUUUUUUUAAAUAUAUUUUAUUGGCACGUGUGAGUUUGAUCUAUUUGUUAUGUUAAGUUAUUUUACGUUUAAACACUGAACUUAUUGUAAAAUACAAAUUAUAGUUCUAUAAAUCCCCACCGUGCUUUAUCAUGACUAAUAUUGUGUGUAUUUCUGAUAUCAGUAGUCCUAACUCUACUAUCUACAGAGCACCCACAUGUUUCGCAGUGUUCUUCACUGCACAGGCUAUGCUGAUAGGGGGGUAAAACGUGUGUUAAUUCAUAGACUAUAUAGGAAAAGAUAACUUUUUAAAAUAUUACACUGAAUUCUUGUCUUUAUAUAAGCUGGACACAUUUAUGGCUUGCCCUUUGUGGAAAUAUAUAUGUUGCUCUUUUUUGGCUUUAAAGUGGUUAAGAGAGGACAUUGCCAUAAUUUGCUAAAAAUGUGUUAUUUUGACCUAAAAAAAUGCAAUUAUCUUGUCAAUUUUCUACAGUUGCCAAUUAAGUAAAUACAUCCCACUUGUGUUUCCUCACUCAACUGAAUUUCAAACAUUAGUUUACAAUAGCCAAGACACUGAAAUAUAGAGCGUUUUCCAACUUCCCUAUGUUAACCUAUAUUUGAAAUGUAGUUUUCAAUGCACUUUCUGUUAAAAUGAUGGUAAUUCCCCACAAAAUGUGAAAUUCUUGUUUGCUAUGUUUCCAGCUUGGGUACAGAGGCCUACAUGAUUCAAUUUCCUUUUACGGUUUACUGUUUAAUGAGUAAACAAUGUAAUAAAAAAAGUAAAGUGUUAAAAAUUUGCUAAGCGCUGGGUUGUGCUGUAUAUUUCUGUUGUCCAAUAGUUGUGGUUGUACAGGUAAUAUUUACUUGGUAGAGCUGUGAAUCUUGUUCAUUAACCGCUUCCGAAUUGUAGCAAAUUGACAUCCAGAUAGCAAAAUCUAGACUUGCCUUUCAGAUUCUAUCCCACUAUAAUUCAGAGUUUAGUGACCCAAUUCCUCUUAUGAUUGUCAUCUAUUAGUAAUUAUUAAUCAUUUCCUGCUUGAAUAAAGGUUAAUGGGCAGCAUACAAGGCCAAACUAUUUAUGAAUAUGUUCAAUUUUUCCACCUUUCUUUCAUUAUCUCCCUAGGAUGAGCCAGGAGUCACAUUGUAACACAAUAUAUCUGAUUAAGUUGUAAGGGGCUUGGUGGAAUAUACAUGCUUAGCCAAUGCAAUCUGAAUCUUUUUCUCUAUGACCAUAAAUAGACAAGUAAAUAUAGCUAUUGUCAGCAGUGAAUCGAAAUCUGAAUAUUUUGAAGGCUAUAUAACACUGUAUUGGACCUUUCUAAGGGCAAAGCUGUUUCCCGAAAUAGGCCAUGCUUAGAAAGUAAUGAAGUUGGAAUAGGUUGCUAGGUAACCCAAUAGGGGAAAAUGUGCAUUAGAUGUUGAAAACAGUUUGAGAUCUGCAGGGGAGUUCACACUGUAAUUAAAAUCUUUAAUAUGCACUAUGAAAGCCUUGGGCGUAUUUAAAGUAGAAUAAAAAUAAAUGGUGUGGAUUCUAAGUUGGGGUAGAAUGAACUCUAAAUGAGCGAUGGACAAUGUGAUAUGUAGCUUCCUACAGUAUUUCCUUUUGGUAACAGUUUGGCUUCUUACCUGGAGUCUGAUGGGCGCCAAUCUCUUUGCUGAGUGAAACCCAGCAGUGCCAGGUGUAGCUCAUUGGGUGAAAACUGUCAGCUGACACUCUACACACCAAUCAACUGGCCCUGCAUGUCAGACCUUAUUUAGCUCAGGAGAGCUAACAGAAGGUCGUAACGGGAGCUUUCUUGCUUCUGUCUGCAAAGAGGCAAGGAGCAUCACUCAGAAGCCCCCAGGUAAAAAGUCAAACUAUUGGCACCAUAACUACUACACAGUACUGUAGUGGUUAUGGUGCUCGCAGCGUUAAUGUAAGAUUUCACAGGUGCCAGCACAGAAAGUAGAUUUAGCUUUCUGGGAAUACCUGUGAAUAGAGGGAUAUUUAACCCCUUAAGGACACAUGACAGAAAUAUUCCAUCAUGAUUCCGUUUUACUCAAGAAGUUGUGUCCUUAAUGGGUUAAAGAAAAGUGUGUGGUUUUUAUUUUGUGCAUAUUUGAAUGGAUUAUCUUGACAUUCUAAUACAAUAGCUUUAAUCCACCAUGACUUAUCACAUUAGAACCCACUGUUUCUUACAACUCAUUAUAAAUUACUCACUGUUGGCUGACCUCCACUAUCAAUCAAAUUUCACAGCAGGGAAAGUAUUUUAACAUUUAAGAUUUGAAACAAGGAAUAUAGAACUAUAUAAAUUGGAAAGGCAAAUAGUCCCAACAGUUACGUCACAAUUGAAACGGGAUGCAUUCAUUAUAAAUAUAUUUUAUAUAUAAUGUCUUGAUAAACAUAAAGACAUGCUAAAAACCAAAAACCCCUACACGAUAGAUUAGGAUUACAGGGAAAUUUAAGGUGUGCAAUGAAGGUAAUUAUAUUCCGCACAUGUGAUCAAUCACAUUGUAUUCCUGAUAAGCCUGCUUGUGUAGUGCGCACAAUUUUCCCAUGAAUCACUGAGCAUGUGUUUUGACGUUUUCUAUUUUAUACGAAUGCAAGGCUAUGUCUACCCACACUUAUAAGUGUGCAGAUGUAUUUGUAUUUUUGAGGGGGGUGGGAGGGGGUGAGGGUAGUUAUUGUAAAACCUUUUGAGAAAUAAUGGUUCUAGACUUCUUAUCUUACCUUGAACUGUAGACUACCUGCUCAUAUAAAAGACACUGGAUGAAUUCAGAAUGGCAACAUCUGAGUUUUUGCAGGGAAGGAAAAUGGCAGGAUUGAAAGCUAUUUUUGCUGUAAUUAACUUGGAAUCUUGUUCGACAAACACAGAAGCAAUGCAUUCCUGUCUCACAAUGUAAAAGGAGAGGGCACCCCCCUUCCUCCAGUACCACAAGCCCAUAAAAUCGAGGCAGCUGCAAUUUAAUGCGUGACUAGGAGAAAUUGAAAGCAUACUGCAGUGAUCACAAAAUACACUAGGAAAAUUUAAUGGCGUGAUUUAUUGGAGUAUUAUUGUUGCUGUGCAGUUUGAAUAGCUCUUGUUAUCUGUGAAGUCACAUUUUGCUUUUAAAAAAAAAUACAUGUAUUUGCAUUGUGCAGCAAGUGUAAUUUCAACAGUGUAACUGCUAGUUUAUUUUCAAACUACAGGACCCGGCUAAUUAUAAGUAACAGCUAGUCCUUCCUCUUUUAAAAACUUUUAUUCUUUAAUUGUUUUUAUUCGUGUACAUUUCUUUUUUUCUUCAUUAUUUUGCAGUGAAUGCAUCAUAAUCUAUCAAAGGCCAAGCCAAUCUGUCAGACUAGGUUGCCUUUAAAUCCUGGCAGACGCAAGACCUGAUGGUUCUUUGUGUUUAAAUAAGGUGACUGUUCUGCAACUUGUUCUGUCUAUUCAGGAUACGUUUAAUGUCUUCUUAACCUAAAGAGUGGAUAACUGCUCGUGUGGUUUAACCCCUUUUAGACAGAGUGACUUACACCAUGAUAACAAUCUGUUCUAUGCUGAUACUAUUCGGAAUUGCAAUGAUUCAGUAAGUUAAAGACUGCAUUCAGCUGCCAUCAAUAGUUAACAGGACAUUCUGUACUGGCACAACACAGUAUUUAGGGAUCAGAUUAAGGACACUGUAAAGUUUAACAUCUGGGAAGGCUUACAAUCAAGAAAUUUGAGGUUUUAUUUACUAUGGGUAAGUUGUUUGGUUUUUAUUGUCAACUCCGUAUAUACUAAUUUUAUUUUUUAAACAGAAAUUGUCAAAAAAAAAGGAAAACUUGAGUUCUUAAGGUCACACCGAUUCUCUUUCAUCAUAUCUUUAAGCCCGAAGCAUGUACAGGAUAUUAAAGGAUAUUCUUACACUUGGGCUGUAAUGUCUCGGGGGACUGUUGUAACAUGGCCAGGUAUAAGAUUUGAAAUUCACUUUGAAUUCUCAACAAUUCUCAAUUUAUGAAUGCCCUGUUUAUCAACUAAACCAUAAACUGGAGAAUUCAUGAGAAAGUUGUAAAUUCUAGGCCAAAAUAGUUGAGGUGAAAGAUCACUUGAGUUAGAGAAUAUUUCAAACCACCUAUUUUGACCUUGUAACUUUUCACAAUCUCUAGAUUUGUAUAUAAUCCUUUUUAUAGUAAAUUCAACCUAUUGCAUAGUGGUUUACCUACACUUCUUCAUAUACAAUCAGGGUGUUCUUUAAGGGACACUAUAGUCACCACUGCAACUACAGCUUAAUGUAUUUGUUAUGGUGAGUAUAGUCAGUCCCUGCAGGCAUUUUGUUGUAUAAACUGUCUUUUCAGGGUUUACAUUACAUCCACUACUCCGAUGGCUACUAGAGGUGCUUCUUGGGGCAGUGCUGCACAACGUGCAGCACUGCCAUUCAGUGUCUCCACACUCUGAAUGCAGACACUGAACUUUCCUCCUAGAGAUGCAUUGAUUCAAUGCAUCUCUAUGAGGAGAUGCUUAUUGGCCAGGGUGGUGUUUGGCCCUACCCCACCUUCUUGACAAUCUCAGCCAGUCCAAUGGGUUUCCUGUGUGAAAGUAUUGGAUUGGCUGAGAGCAUCAAUUCUGAUAUCAGCCAAAAGAGGUGCACCAGCAGACCCAUGGAGAGCUGGAAAAAGAAGGUACGUUUAAACCCUUUCUAGGGAGUGGGAUGCCACCUAAAUGGUGGUUAUAACACUAUACGUUCAGGUAUAUAUGUUUGUGUUCCUGACCCUUUAGUGUUCCUUUAAGUAUGUCUGGCUGCUAAAUUAUUAGAGGGUUACGCCAACUAAAACCCAUUUUUUUUUUUUUUUUUUAAAACACUGGUUUUCGUUAGCGUAAAGCUUGUUGUGUUUGUCCUCUGCCAACCCCAAUUGAAGAAAAAAAACUAAAAAAAUAACAUUUACCCAUAUUCAGGCCAAGUUUUCCAUGCAGCAUGAUCCUUCUCGGCUGCAGCACUGAGGUUGUGUUUAUGCCAUCAUUGGCUGUCUGGAGCUCUCGUGCUGUGGCAUCAGAUGCUUAAUUUGCACCAAAUUCACAUUAGCCAUUUCUGUUUGUAGGUGGAGUUAAAGCUCCAGUACUAGUGGUAAACGGCCUGUUUGCAGCGUUUCACAUCGAAAUGCUGCACAUACAGACUUCAGGCACCAUGACCACUUGACAUCACCGAAAUGAUCGUGGUGGCGCAGGUAAUUCUUUAAUAAUGUGUCAGCCUUUUAAAGUAAUGAUCCAUGCAGGGUUUAGCAAUUCAAUGCCCCAGAGAUUCAUAUCCCUUACUAAUAAUUAGAAUUUUACAUUAGCCUGUGCGUUAUUGAUGAUUCGUGAGUUUAUUCUCCCUCCUGCAGUUCUUGGAUGCUUGCAAAGCACAUGCCCAAGUGAUGUAUUACCCUAUUAGUGGAUUGCCUAACAUUCCUGAGGUUUCUACCAAUCCCCUGGCUGUUGCCUAUCUACUGAUACGCCUAUAAUUUUCUAGUGCCUAAAACGAGUGAGUUCUAGUCAAUGAAACAUGGACCCUUGACUUUCGUUGUAGGCAAAUAUAAAUGAUGACAGAGCACUCUGCAUCCCAGGCAACUGUGUCAAUGACUGAACGGUAAAGCGCCUGAAACUAGUGUCGUUCUACUAAAUGCAUUUAAACCAUGUUUCUUUAAGAGGUGAAAUUGAGAGGUUCUCCUUAUGCCAUGCAUGCUGGAUGAAGUACGUUUUCUGUGCUGGUUCAUGCCUUGUAUUUCUGCUUAAUCUAUUUUCCUUUAUACUUUAUUUGAGAGAGUCCUUUCUGCUGGUUUCUGCCUUUUCUAACAUACUGUAAUAAACUGCUGAACGAUCCUGCAUAUUUUACAGACUGCCUCUGUCUGUUUUCCAUGUGUCUUGGCUACAAUGAUCAAACUGUGAUCCACAUACCAGACUUGUAAGAACGCGUUUCCACUGUGCAUAGAGAGUCAUCGUAUGGACCCUCGGCUGUCAGGAAAGGCCAUGGGUAUAGGCCAACUGGCCUAUAUUGGUGCCUGCCUCCCCCAGUCCAAUCAUAUACCUAUAAUUAACAAUACAUUAAUUCUAUAGUGUUUUGUAUGGUGCAGCCAUUCAUCUUCAAUUUCUCAAUCCAUCAUAUUUUCAUUGUGUUUUAUUUAUCGUAAUGCUGAUGGGAUAUAUCUUCCUAAAUACAUUUAUUUCUUGAUUAAAUGAAUAUAAAUUAACAAUCUUACAUAAUGUGAAUAUUCCAUAGUGUUAGCAGCGUCUGUCACAUUAUUAAGAUGGCAGGUGAAAAUGUACAAACUCCAUCACAAGCCGUGCAUCAUACACAGACAGUCUACUCCUAUUACACACAAAUAGGCCACAUCACACAUUCUUUGCUUGUCAUGUCUUCACUGCCUAUUGGGCCUUUAUUACAAUUUAUUUUACAUUAUUUUUGUAAAGAAACACUGCCAGCACCAUAACCAUUACAUGCAGAGUAACUGGUAAGCAGCAAUUAUAAUGUUUUGGCAACUUACCUUGGUUUUCCGGGAGCCUCUGAUGUCUUCAUUUAACUAAUGUGGUUGAUAUGCUGAUAUCAGUAGAAUUUGAUUCGUAGACCAAGUCUUACUCUGUAUGGAAGAGAGAGUGCUUCUAGAACUGGAUUUACCAUUGUUACGUAAACAUUGCGGUUAAUAAAAAUAAAAAAAAUGCAAAAAAAAAAGCCUGCCAUGUUUUACAUUGCAGGGUUAAAAUGACAGGUGCCCUUCCUUAAGCUAAAACAGUCUGGGUAAUUAUGGUCCCAUAGUUUGCGGUGAUGACGCCAGGGCCAUUUGAUGGUAUUAUGUUUGUAUAAUUUACCACUAUGUAUCCUCUAAAUGGGUAUGUGUGGGUAUAUGUAAAUCCUGGUACAGACAAGGAAUACGUAGCUCAGUUCCAUGUAGCUUUGUAGAAUGUUCUGAUUCUCACAGUGUAUUCUUGGAAUGAACGUGUAAAUUUGUCCGUUACUCCUCUUUGCCCGGUUUCUUUUUUUAUUAUGUAGGCUGGGAGAAAAUCUUAUAUUAAAGGAACACUAUAGUCACCUAAAUUACUUUAGCUAAAUAAAGCAGUUUUAGUGUAUAGAUCAUUCCCCUGCAAUUUCACUGCUCAACUCACUGUCCUUUAGGAGUUAAAUCACUUUGUUUCUGUUUAUGCAGCCCUAGCCACACCUCCCCUGGCUAUGAUUGACAGAGCCUGCAUGAAAAAAAACUGGUUUCACUUUCAAACAGAUGUAAUUUACCUCAAAUAAUUGUAUCUCAAUCUCUAAAUUGAACUUUAAUCACAUACAGGAGGCUCUUGCAGGGUCUAGCAAGCUAUUAACAUAGCAGGGGAUAAGAAAAUCGUAAUUAAACAGAACUUGCAAUAAAGAAAGCCUAAAUAUGGCUCUCUUUACAGGAAGUGUUUAUGGAAGACUGUGCAAGUCACAUGCAGGGAGGUGUGACUAGGGUUCAUAAACAAAGGGAUUUAAGUCCUAAAUGGCAGAGAAUUGUGCAGUGAGACUGCAGGGGCAUGUUCUAUACACCAAAACUGCUUCAUUAAAGGACCACUCUAGGCACCCAGACCACUUCAGCUUAAUGAAGUGGUCUGGGUGCCAGGUCCUUCUAGGGUUAACUCAUUUUUUCAUAAUUAUAGCAGUUUCAGAGAAACUGCUAUAAUUAUGAAUGGGUUAAGCCUUCCCCUAAUCCUCUAGUGGCUGUCUCAUUGACAGCCACUAGAGGCGCUUGCGUGCUUCUCACUGUGAUUUUCACAGUGAGAGCACGCAAGCGUCCAUAGGAAAGCAUUGUAAAUGCUUUCCUAUGCGACGGGCUGAAUGCGCGCGCAGCUCUUGCCGCGCGUGCGCAUUCAGCCGGCGGGAGGAACGGGAGAGGAGGAGGAGAGCUCUCCGCCCAGCGCUGGAAAAAGGUAAGUUUAACCCCUUUUCCCCUUCCAGAGCCGGGCGGGAGGGGGUCCCUGAGGGUGGGGGCACCCUCAGGGCACUAUAGUGCCAGGAAAACGAGUAUGUUUUCCUGGCACUAUAGUGGUCCUUUAAGCUAAACUUGUUCAGGUGACUAUAGUGUCCCUUUAAAGCAGAGGAUGCCUUAUUCUUGCAGCCUCUGCACAUGUAAAAUUGACCUGUCACCUCAUUGGUUACUCUGUAUAAAAGUUUCAUGAGGAGGUGCCGACGUAGAACCAAGUUAACCCCUUCCUCAUCCAGUAUUACAUUCAUAGGUCUGUGCUAGUUAGACAAGCUUUCUGCUUGUCUCCAGCUACCAAUUAAACUUUAACUCUGCUCUAAACCUGGCCUAGACUCCUACCUGACAACUCUUGGUUACUAACGCCCAGUGACACAGUGUAUCUCAUUAUAGAAGCAAAUCACUCAAUCGUAAACCCAGAAACUGUGAGAGCAAGGUUUGACUCAUAGAAAUAUAUUACUAAUGGGAAAACGGCAGAGUAUUUUUAUAGAGCUAAUAACCAAGUAAGAGAAACAAUCACUUCCUCCUCCUAACCGGUGUGAAAAAAGCCUUCCUGUUCAGGAUUCUUAACUCACUUGCAAGUGCAUUAUAUUUAAUAAUACUGAUCGUGCUAAGCUCGGCCUGGGAGCGAAAAGUAUGAGUGGAGAUGCUGAUGAAGUGGUCUGGGUGCCAGGUCCAUCUAGUGUUAACCCUCCAGCUGUAAACAUAGCAGUUUCAGAGAAACUGCUAUGUUUACACUAGGGUUAAUCCAGCCUCUAGUGGCUCUCACUGACAGCCGCUAGAGGCGCUUCCGCGCUUCUCACUGGAGGGGGACCCAGAGGGUGGAAGGAGGGGGGGCCUAAAGACCCUAUAGUGCCAGGGAAAACGAGUGUUUUCCUGGCACUAUAGUGGUCCUUUAAGGGAAAGGAGGCAGAUAAUAAGAGGACUGGCUGUGUGGUGGAGGCAGGUCAGUAGCUCAGCAAACUCUGAUUUCUCAUUGACUGAACAGUGUACUUGAUUUAAAUAAACAUACUCUAAGUGCUUUUGCUUAGGAGGCAUGUAGAGGAACAAAAUGUAUGUGGACUGGCUGACCUGAAUUAAGUUAAUGCUGACUUUGCACACUUUGCAAAUGCUCUUGCUUCUUCGGUUUUGCUAACAAUGUGGCAUGUCCCCUUAAUUCUGCACUUACUACAUCCACCUUUUCUCCAGGAGCCUCUGUCUGCCAGUAUGAAGAGAAGGAGAGGAGUGGAUAUGUGAAUGCUGAGGGACUACCAGGGAACUGUCUCCAGAAGGUGUAUAGUGAGCGCAUCAUUAGACACGUUUCUGCCAAGCUCAGGGUGCUGAAACAGCGCUACUUGCUCAGUCUGCCUAUAGUCGGGUGGCCUGUGUGAUUGCCAUGCACCCUGGCACGAUUCACGCCAGGUUGACAUUCCAAUUCUUCGGUCAGACCAGCCCCCGCUUCACAGAAUGCCCAUGUUGGAUUUGGUUGAGAGAAAAAGCGAGAGAUUGGCAUAGGGUGGGUAUGUUUAUUCUUAUGAAAACAUCCUGUGAGUUGGCCUCUGGCCCUGAGUCUUUUUACACACCUGACAUGUCAUUGCCUAUCUGUUAUAAAAAGGGAAGAAUACCAUUCUUGUUCUCUUCUAAUUAGCAGAAGGGUUUUGAGCAUCCAUUUAUUAUUAUUUUGUAUCAUCCAUUUAAACUUUUUAACAAGGCGCUAGAAAUAUGCUAUGCUGCCAGCGGUUUGAUUUAUUUGGGGGAUAGUUCAGACAUUGCUGAGCAAUGAAUUCCUGAGCUGUUUGGCUUCAAUUUAUGAAUAAUUGUAAUUAUGUUCAGUUUUAGCAACUGUAAGGAAGAGCAUGCAAUGAGACAGGGAGAGGCACUUCCUGGUAUCAUAAUCUGUGCAGAUAACAUUGGCAGUUGUGGUGUUUGAAGUGCCCUAGAGUGUAAGCUUCUUCAAGCAGGGCCAUCUGCACAACUUAUAUCUUUCAGCAUUAUUUUGUUUAUCAUUUACUUGCUAUUAUAUAUUUGUAUAGGGCCGUAGAAUAAUUUAUAAAUAUAAAAAUGCUAAUAAAACUUAAAAAUCGUGUAGUUCUGAAUCUGACAAGACAGAUCAGAUUUUGCGUCCAGGCUUGUUGUUCAUGGUAUCGUUUGUAGUAUCUUGCUUCUGGGGACUCCAAAGUUCAAGUGCAUUAUUGUACUGGCAAUGUAAAAACUCAUCUUGGGGCACUAAGCAAGAGCGCUUCUAAAGGGGGCUAUUCAACUGAUGGGCGGCCAAGAGAAGGUUGAUUUGCGUGGCACCUUUUGCAGGUGGUUCUGGAACCCUUGACAUGUCAAUGGAGCCCCCUCCCUGCAUUCAUCUCUGCCAGUCUUGCUAGAUAUGUGAUAGUAAUAAUAGCAUGGAAUUGCCUGCGGCUUUUACAUACAUUUAAAAAGCAGGUUUCUGAAGAUGUUUUUGGAGCUGUGAGCUUGUGCCUUAUAAAUAAUGUAUGUGAGCCACUGUGCUUGCUCCCCCCCAUCCCCCUCACCGUGUGUGUCAAUUUAAUACACAGGAUCUUAAGGAUGUUAUGGUAUGUGUGUGUUUUUCCAGAGCUGGAAGGUAUGAUUGGAAUAGCCCUCCUUGGUAAAUACACUCAAUCCCCAGCUGUGGAGUUUUAAAAUGAAAUGCAUAUCUCCGAAUCACCUUUACAGAUUCAUGCACGGUCUUGCAAUAAAAAGGAAGUUGGUUUAUGUACAAAUGUUAAAAGGUCAAUUCACUAAACACCAAAUUGUACUGGAUUUAAAAUGAAAUGUAAAAAUUCUAGAAAAUUAGUAGGUUUUGAUAGAUUCUCCAACUCUCCCAUAGUCACAGACUUCCCACAAAAGCGUACAUUAUUUUUAUUUGGAGGUCUUUUUGCUACAAUUCAGUGUUUAGUGGAUAAACACCCCAAUGUAGCCAAAAUUUCCCUAACUCUUUUUCGCUAGUUUGGCUAUUUUUGGCUAAUUUUGCAGUUUGUCGGAUAUGAGAUUGGUGAAUAAAAUACAAAUUGUGCAUGUUACGCAAAGGGGAUGUUUAAUAUCACCAGAUUCUGUAAUACGAUUUGAUAUGUAAUAAUAUAUUGUCCUGCAUUGCUCCCUUUUAUAAGCCAGGCUGGGCUUGUAUUACAGAGUUUUAUACGGCCCAAGUAGUUACAAAUCCCCCUGUGGUUUAUGGAAAAACAUAAGUUGGACUCGUGGCAGGUUGGUGGAAAUAUCCUACAGGCUUUAAAAAUGUUUACAUAAAUGCAAUCUAGCAAGGAGGGUUAUUUACCCAGUGUGUGGAAAGAUAUUGUGAUUGUCUGAUUUUAUUUAUUUUUGAUGUCCAAACUGGUCUGCUCCAAUGUGCUGUGUGCUGCUGCAACAGCUUGACACAUUAGUAAGUGCUAUUUACAAAUUUUUUUGUACUUCUAGUCAGUAAAUCAAAAAUGUAUUCUUAAGAAACAUUGUUAAAAUACCAGAAUAAAAGCCAUCAAAUAAAAAGUAUUCUCGCAUAAAGAAUGAGGUGUGUACAAAAAGACCCACAAUACAGUUUAGUGGUUUUCUCCAUAGGUUUGAAUCUCCAGCCCCCAAUAAAAGACAGGAUUGAGCCAUACUGAUUCUCCGCAGCUCUAGCAUUUGAUCUUUCUAUUGGCACUAUACACAUUUUACUUUGCUACAAUUGUGAGUUUAUUGAAUAGCCAAAUUGUGACUGGUUGAACUGGAUAAUUUUUCCAAAUAGUCUAUUUUGGCCUAUGUUUUUCCACUUUGGUUUUAUCUUCGCUGCAGUUCAACUUUACUGAAUAAACCCUGAAGUUUAAUCCCCCUCUAUCCUCCUCAGAGUCCUUAAAAGAAGGGCUCAGCCUAUUUGCGUGCUGUAUAAAUCCUAAAAUGGGCAGACAGAGAUCACAGUUAAUCCAAUAAGUGCCAAAUACAGUCUCGCCAAUCAGUCUGCCCUUUGUGUUUCACAUUUAAUAUGGUUUAGAAGAGACUGGAUUCAUGAGUUUCAAUCAUUAUGUAUUCACUAAACUCAAAAAUUGAAUUGAACUGAAAAUCAGACUGCAAAAAUAGCCGAGCACCUACUUUACUUGAGUUUGAGAAUGUUCCCAAAUCAGCAAUUUCUGCCUUAAUUUCAGUUUUUAAUGGAGUAAAAUUCAGUGUUUGCUAAAUAAAUCCCAUUGUGCACAUGAUACUUUUGAUUUGCAGGUAGUCAGAGUUCUCGGCUAAUAAGCCUCUUUGCUAAAUUAAAGUGAUUAAUUUGGCCCACAUUGUUUUGAGGAUUAAAACGCUCCAAGUAUUGGGAGGAAAAAUGAAAUCACUUUCAUAAUAUAUAAAAUGUAUUGCGUGCUGCUGAGUAACUGUACAGUCAGUACAAUUGUUGCUAACUGGUGCCGAUAUUCUAUACACUUUUAUAUGUACAUCACACUAUCACUCUCAGGCAGCGAGUACAUGCUAGGAUCAGUGAGAAUUUGGGUCCAAAUUCCCCAGAUCUCAAUCUGAAAUCUGGGAUGUGCUGGAGCAACAAAUAGAAAUCCAUGGAGGCCCCAAAUCACAACUUGCAGGACUUAAGUGAUCUGCUGCUAAUGUCUUGGUUCCAGAUACUACAGGAGGUCAGAGGUCUUGUGGAGUCCAUUCCUCAAUGCAUCCGAGCUGUUUUGACAGCACGAGGAGGACCUAUACGUUGUUAUAAUCAUGUUGUGGGUACCUGCUGAUGUGCUGCUUGUGUUAUCUGUGACCCCACAUGCUCUGCAUAUUCUGAUAGAGUAGUGUUGAGUAUCUGUGAAUCCUACCUCGUUUGCACGUAACACUCAGGGUGACUGCUGAGUAAGGAUUUGCAAGAGAUUGCAGGGCUUUUCCCCAGGGUAAAUCUCAGCCUAGAAGGGAAACGAGAGAGUUUGUUUUUCCGAAUCAUCACUUCUAACAGCUCAAUUAAUGUCUCUGGUGCAACCUCAUCCUUCUCCUCCCUAAAAAACUAAAUAUAUUUUAAUAAAUAUGUGAGAACAAUGGUUUGGAAAAUAUUGUGUAUAUAAAACAAUCAAAUAUACGCCUGAAGUGUGCAUUUAUGUACAAAUCUCCAAAUGAAUGAAUUAAGCAGAAUAAUAAAGGCAAUGGAAACUGAAUUCUGCAAAUUUUACAGCCCUCACCCAGGUGGAGGUAGCAUGGGUCUAAAUAAUUCACUCCCCCAUCCCUCAGGUACAUACUGAUCACUUAAUUCCUUCUGUAUUUCUUCCUCAUCCUUUUGGAUUAUAAGCUUGUUUGGGCAGGGCCCUCUUCACCUACUCUUCCAGUAUGACAAUCGUGUUUUGUUAGAAUUUAGUGUCUGUUUUGUUUACCUAUGGAAGAGCGCUGCAGAAUAUGUUGGCACUAUAUAAAUUUCUCUGCCGGUAAUGGUAGAUGAGAGGUAUGUACUGAAUGUGUGUGAUUACCUUUGCCCACCUGUCCCAGCCCUAAAUGAACCAUGGCAGAGGGUUCCCACCCUCUAGGGAUUCUUAUCUGUGAUGUUAUUAGAAAUGUAUUGCAAAUGCUUCCUCCCCUGGGGUUUUUCUGUUACAGGAAGUAGACAUGACAUUAGUGCCCAAUAAGGCAUAUGAAGUUAAAAUAUAUUCAUGCUAAAGGGAUGGAUUAACCCUUUGAAUCAUGGGUAAAUCACUAGUCGGUACACGGUAGACUAGACUCAAUUUAAAACACGCUUUUUAAAGGAAUCCUCCGAGCACCAUAACAACUUCAUAAAAAUGAAGUUGAUAUAGUGACAGGAGGUCGCUGAUGAUGGCUCGCCUUUAGGGGUUAAACUAUUCACAAAUUUAGAAAUGUACAUAUUUGUUUCAAGUCAUUUUUGUAAAUGGGAAUCUACUGUUUGGCUGACAGUAUCUGCUGACCACUGUCAGCUAAUCAGCAGUAAUUCUGCUUACAGCAACCAUAACUUUCCUUUUUAAAAGCUUUUCAGCAAUCAUAAGGACAAGGGGCAUAGAUAUUCAGCGCUGUAACACAGACUUAAACCACUUGUGAAUCUGUUUUCCCAUUAAUGUGAGCCAGCGUCCGAGACCUCCUUGCACUAUAACAACAUAACUUAAUUUCAAUUUAGUUGUUAUGGUACCAGAACUGGUCCUUUAAACAUAAAAACAAACUUUUGCUGGAUCUCAUAAUCUUUAAUAUUUGCAAUCAGAUGAAGAUUUCAUAUUUAGAUUUUUUUUUCUUUCUCCAGAUUUAGCAGUUAUAGCUGAACUGUAUAAAUAUAUAGAGGAAAUUAUUACAAGGUGAACUAUCUCCAGUUUAAUAGGCUAAUCACUCAUAUUUGGAGACCAACUUAAAUUAAUGGUGUUGUGUGCACAUAAAUUUGCAGAAUAACAAUGAGAUUAAGGUAUUUUUCUGAACCUUUAAAUGUUAAUUUAUAUAACUUUUUUCUGCUUUUAAGUGCACAUUAUCUUUGUAACACAUGUUCAAUUAACUUGGAUUAAUGGAAUUAAUUUACCAGAAAGUAGAUAUUACAUAAAUACACAGCCUUAUGCUACAGAACUGAUCCCUAUUGCUGAAUAAUCUUUGGACCAUAAUGUAUCUUCAAUAGAAAACUAUCUUUAGAUACAUUUUGUUGAGCAAAAAACGGGGCGCAAGAGAAUACUUAGAACAGGCAGCAGCUGAAAUAGCCUGCCCUUCGGUGGGUCCCCGCUCAGAACUCAAGCUGGUUUUAGCUCAUCUUGUGCCAUCACAGAGAGAACAUAUCUGAAGCAUAUCAGACUGGUCCCACCCAUACGGGCAGUCCAGAUCCGAAAUGCCAGAAAGUUCCCUCUGCACAAGAGACAUAGCAACCCCAGACGAUCGUUUCAGCCUUGUUAGGCAUCAUCAGUGAGGCAUAGCUGAUAUCUCUCUAGGCACCGUGAGCAAGGGGUCCACGUUUGGAUUACCCUUUAAAUUUAUGGAGAGCAAAAAACUGGGCGCAAGAGAAUACUGAGAACAUUUUAUUUCCUCCAAAAGCAUCUUAUUAAAAGAAAUUAAAUUUUUAAAUAAUUUAAUUAAUCUGAUUUUAAUUGAUUUUCAUCCAUUAUCAAUAGAUAUCUUACAGAAAUUCUUCAGUCCAUUGAAAUAGAUAAUAUAUAAAAAAAAAUACCUGCUGCAUCUUUAAAACUUAUUUAAUCCCCAUAUAUCAUUCUCCAUCGCCAAGCAACGGCCUUUUACCUUCUUUACAACCUCAAACCAGUGGCUUUAUGGGAUAACUUAUUUUGGUAACACUUAUUUGCACUAUUUUUUCUUUUAUGUUUUCUAGAGUAUUAAUGCCAAGAAGUAUGUAUUUGUUAUAUGCUCCACCCCAUUAUAUAUUGCUUUUGAUUUAUGUAAUGUGUUUAGCCAAAUAAAUAUCUCUAAAGCACACUUUCUUUAUAUUGUGUAUACAUCCAGUUAACAUUGUGUUCCCAUUCGGAGAACAGAUCCUGUUUUAUCCUGACUUGGUUAGAGUGAAGCCAAACAUUCUGCCCUCAUUGCUAUGGUAUCGUUCUACAUUAACUAAACACCAUUGUCUGAAUCUCUCAUUUGUCCUGAAUUCACUUUGUAACCAAUAGAGAGAGAGAGAGUGUGUGUAUGUGUAUGUGUGUGUGUGUAUAUAUAUAUAUAUAUAUAUAUAUAUAUAUAUAUAUAUAUAUAUAUAUAUAUAUAUAUAUAUAUUUACACACACACACUUUGACCCAACCAAAUUCCAGGCAGGUACUACAAAGUUAGUGCACAUUCAGAAAUGUUGAUGUCAUACGUGAGUGCCUGGCAGCUCCAAAAGUGCUCUGACCUGUUGAAAUUGUGAGUAAUUGUUAGAUACUUGAUACUUUUAACCAAAGAGGACUUAAAGAAGGCUGCCCCAUUCAGAAUAUGGGUUAGCCAUGCACUGAGAAGAUAUAUUUACUUGACAGAAACACUGACAAUCUGUGAAACCUGUACUAUUUUAUUUUCAAGAAUUAUCAUUUUUCAAGUGCCAAAAAAACAAUGGCUACAUAAGCAAAUUCUCUUGAUAUAAAAAAAGUUGCAUGCCAGCUUUUGUUAGCUGUAUGUUUUUAUCAAUGAUAGGGGACAUUACGAGCCUAUGUCUGCAGUUUAGGUAGCGUUUAUAAUCUUCUCACUAUAAAAUGUUUCCUGUAAACUGGAGCUAGAAGUACCAGUUCACACAUAAACACGGCAGUUUUACAUUCAGCCUCCCACAUUUCUGUUCACAGUAGCUUUCAUUUUAAGACGUUCUAACUUUUGCCUUUACGAGGAUCCGGUGUCUGUUCCCGAGGAGGAAAUUCUUGUAAGGCCUGAAGGCCGGUCUCUCCUUGGUGAUCGGCACUGGUUGUACGCGAAUACCUACAGUAUUAAUCACAUCAGCAGUGACUUACUAAUUCGUGGGUGUGAAUUUGAUUGGCACUUGAACAUGCCUCAAUAACCACUUUAAUUGGCUGGAUUUUAUACAGUGCCUAGAAUGUCCAUUUAUUGUACAGCGCUACGGAAUUUGCUGGCGCUAUAUAAAUAAUUUAUCAGUUACUAAAGUGCCACGGUCACCUGUUCAAGUAUAUUCAUGAUUUGAUUUACAAAACAAUGGCCUUGAUAAUUUCUACCUUUUCAUACUAAUGAAUAUUCAAAUCCUGAAUGCACCCUAGUACAGACAACAACAUUUACAAAGUAUUAAAUUAUUAUUUUCAUUAACAACAUGACUUGCAAACAUUGUAACGGAAUAUUGUUUUCAAAAGCUUGGUUGACUGGUCUAUUGAAGCAAAUUAUUCUGCAUACUUUAUGCUUUGUACAUCGGUUGUUAAGAAAUAUAUAUAUUUCACUUGUAAACAGAGUUAGAACUGUUUUUAGAAAUGAAAAUGCUGAUAAAAAGCAAACAAUGAUCAGACACUUAUGUUUUAAAUUGGCACUUAAUUGUUUUUGCGCAGUUUUAUCUUGGGUUUCAACCUUUCACAGCCUCGACUUUUAGCACUGUUAGCUAUAGGGUAUUCUAGAGUUAUUUUAAAAUUCUCUAUAGUUUAUUUUAAUUAAGUGAUUUAAAUGUGUUAAAGGGACACUAUAGACACAGACAGCUCAUUAAAGUGGUCUCCCUUAGUUGUGUAGUGUAUAUCACAUACUCAAGACAUCAUGGAGCAGUGAAGAGGUAAUUUGUUUUAGAUUUUUUCUUUCUUCUUACUUCAACUGUGUUAUUCACCCUAGAAAAUGUGGAAGUGUUGUUUACAGAGGUGACAGAACAAGGAAAUGUGAGCUCCUAUUUAAAAAGGCACUUCACUGCCUCCCUUACCCCCAACACAACUAUUUAGUAGAUAUAUCAGUGAUUUAGAUUUUUAAUAUCUAAAACAGUUUGCAAAUGCUCCAGAUCUGCUCCCUGCAGCCUUUGCAAAAGCUCAGACUUUCCAAUGCAGCUCAAUAAGAAGUCUUUGCAAGGCAGGUGCUUUGGGCAAUUGCUGCCUCUUGAGAUUAGUUCCACUGAGCUAAACAAACCAGGAAGUAACAGGACUGCUUGUCUGACUGACAGCCAGGUGGGUGUAACAAGGUCAAUUUAUAAAAGUGACAAUUUCUACUUUUUGUAAAAUGAAAAAGGGACACACUCCUCACAGGUAAUCCACUUCAGGAAGCUAAAGUGCUGUAGGUGUUAGGAGUUUUUCUAUAAGUGACACUGAUUAAUAAAGACUGCAGAGAAUGUGGGAUGCCAGCUGGCAGACAGUCUAUGAUUUGCACCUGGUGCAGGAGACAGGGAGUGGACAAUUGAACUCUCUAAUAUUCUGUAAAAGAUUUCACAAUAAAGUAGAGCUCAAUGUAUAUAGGCCAUUAUGAAAUUGGUAAAUAAAAUGGGGCAUAGUCUUGAGUAUAUUCAUUCCAUCUACACAGGGAAAUUCAAUGGUAACAAAUAAGGGCUCUGCAAUAUUCCUCAAGCUAUAUGGUAAAUAAUUAAUCAGCCUUUUUAAAUGUCAGCUUUCAUGCAUCAAAGGGUUUGGUAAACUGAAGUCUGAUUCCAUUAAUUUGGGUUUCUCAUUCCAUUACUUUGAAUGUCAAUAGAAUAGCUAAUAUUGGGGAGAAAAUGCUAACUGCAUUAUUUGCCUUACUUUGCAGAUGUUAAGAGUUUCCUACCAACUAUAUGGUCUUGAAACAACAAGACCUGAAACUUAAAGGAACACUCCUGGCUUUUUUUUCAGCAUGGUACAGAUAGUUUAGUAAUCAUAUAAGCAAAAGAUUAUAUAAAGAAUAGUAGAAAAUAAGACAUAAGUACAAUAAAAUAAGUACAUGCGGUUGCUGCAAAUCCCCAGGCUUGGUCAAGAUUGUGUUCCACCAACUGCACUCCAUCAAUCUUCCUGAUCUCAAUUACAUCCCCAAAACAGCAAGAACCUAUCUUUCCUUUUCCUUACAAUUGUCAGAUCGUGCAUAACAGGACUAUCAAGGGCAUACAGUAAAGCUAGAGAAACAAGUGCGAAUAUAUAUAUACACCUAACUGUUUUCAGUGCAAGCAACAGCACCAUAGUUACAUGUUUUAUUUUACUACAAAAACACCAAGUGGGAUGUCUUGAGAUACUUAAAGGAGUUAAUCAUACCGUGGGAAAAUCCAGACAAAAACGCAUUUCAUGAUUGCGAAUUCUGUUAUAUGUAAAAAUUAGAAUGUGCAUUCAUGCGGAUAAUGUUGUAAGCCAAAAACUGUUGCGUAUAUGCCUAUUUUGAAAGUGUAUUGAUAUUAUGUGGGCUAUGUAUAAGUUGUUCUGCUAUGGAAAAAAAAAUUAAAAAAAAAAAAAAAAAACCCAGCAAGAACAUAUUGAAUAUGAGAUGCAAUUUUGGGCACCUGUUUUUUUUUUGUUUUUUUUUAAACAAUGUGCAGAGGCGUGCUACAAAACUAAUAAGGGGGAUGGCAAAACUUCGUUAUGAAGGAAGGCUAGUAAAACGGCAUUUGUUUUCUUUAGAAAAAGGCACAUCAGAGGAUAUAUGAUGGCUCUAUACAAGUAUAUAAAGUUUCAGUAUCAGCACAAACCUGUUUGUUAGCUGUAUUAUACAAUAGAAAAGAGGUCACCCAUUGAGACUGGAAGAAAGGAGUUUUCACUUACAGCAGAGGAAAGGGCUCUUUACACAUGUGGACUUUUUUUUUUUUACCCAAAUUCUAUAGCUAUCUUUUACAAUGGAGGGGCAUUUUGAAAACUUUUUUUUGAAAACCAGAAUAUUCAAAAAUAUAAUGAACGUAUGUGAACAGGUUGUUGAUUCAAGGAAACCAAUACCAUAUAAAGGUUGAACUUGAUGAACCGGAGUCUUUUUUUGUUUUUUUUGUUUUAUAACCUAGAUUAGUAUGUAAUAAUAGUAUAUAGCAUCAUACUGGUUUGAUCGAUGUGUAACAAGAGUUUGGUUAUAAAUAAUUACAAGGAAAAACAACCAGGAAGCUGAGAUAGUUUAACCCCUUAAGGACACCGCUUCAAAAGCUUGCCUUACCCUUAAAGGAUGACUAUAGUGUCAGGAAAUCAAAGCGGUUUUCCUGACACUUUAGUGCCCUAAAGGGUACCCCCACCCUCAAGGUCCCCCUCCCGUGGCACUGAAGGGGUUAAAACCCUGUCAGCAGCGUACCUUAUUCCAGCGCCGGGCUCCCUCGGCGCUGGUGACCUCUCCUGCCCCACCGAUGUCAGCGGAUCCGAACGCGCAUGCGCGGCAAGUGCCGCACGCACAUUCAAAGUGUCCAUAGGAAAGUAUUUCUCAAUGCUCUCCUAUGGACGCUCUGCGCGAUGGAGGCAUAAUAUGCCUCCAGCGUGGCAGAUGCGUCUCUAGUGGCUGUCCGGAAGACUGCAACUAGAGGCUGGCUUAACCCCAAAUGUAAACAUAGCAGUUUCUCUGAAACUAUGUUUGCAUCUGAAGGGUUAAAACCUGAGGGACAUUGCACCCAGACCACUUCAUUGAGCUGAAGUAGUCUGGUUGACUAUAGUGUCCCUUUAAGGACACAAGCCAUUUUUGCAUUUUUUGCUGUGUGUUCAAACGCAAUUUGCAUCUCUGUCAUUUAUUGCACUAACACAUAUACCUUUUUUUUUUUUAGAGGGCAAAAAUUGCUUUAAUUUGAUUUCACAUAUACAUCGAUAAAUUCUAAUUUUCUUAUAAAAAAAAAAAAGCCAAAAAAAAAUGGGGAAAAAACGGUUUUGACAAUAUUAGUGUGUGCAUAAUAUGUCCAGCUUACGAAAAUAAAACAAAAUAAAAAAUUCAUUUAUGUGUCUUGAUUUAUAGAAUACAUAAUAUGUGUAGGAUUUCAGCUUAUGUUGAAAGUUACAGGUCACAAAAUACAAGGACUAAAAUAAAAUUUCAAUGUUAAACAAUUUUAGAAGUUGGUAUGUUUGUCUUGUAGGUUUAGUAGCCAUUACAGAAAACAAUAUAUUUAUAAAAAGUAGAUCUCACAGGCUAUUUACCUAAGGUACUUUUAACGUAUAUGGCAUAUACACAUAACAAGGUUUUUGUAAUGGGUAUUUCGUAAAGCUGGUGUGUGCUAUUCCUGCACAGAAACCCAUAUUGUGUUCAGCUACAUCUGCUGAGGAUAACGAUAUUGUAUGCCUUUGACACUAUUCUGUGAAUCUUCAAUGCCAUAUAAGAAACAAGGCUAUUUCAGUUUCUAUAGUUAGAAUUUUCAUUUAUGGAUUUGACGGGCCUAUGUCUCAUUUUGGGAUAUUAUAGCAGUUUGUCUGUUCAAAUAACCCCACAAAGGGCUUUCAUUUGAUAAAGCAGACACCCCAGGGUAUCUUAUAUGGCGUAUAUUGUGGCUUAACUUGUCACCAUUAUUCAACCAAUUUAUGCCAAUGUUUGUAAUGAGGGUAAAAAAAUUGCAUUUUUACAUACAUGUUGCAUUUUUGCGGAGUAUUUCUUACACUUGAUAUGUGCCAUUGUCAUAAAAUCCCCCAAAUUAUGCUCUGGUACAUCUUCUGAGUAAAACAAUUUGCCCAAUGUAUGACCUAGACCAGUGAUGGCGAACCUAUGGCACGCGUGCCACAGGUGGCACGCCGAGCCCCCUCUGUGGGCACGCGGCUAUAGGUCGCCGGAGGGAGGGAGGGUGUGCUCCGCCGGCGCAUCCAUAAGGCGGCACAAGUGGCCGCCUUAGGGCGCACCGGCCUGGCGGGCGCAAAGCCGCAGUGACCGGCAGGAGGUGAGCGCACAGCGCUCCCUCCUGCCAGGCACUCUGUGUAGCGUGGCCGAGCGCACCGCGGUACAGGAACUUAUGUUUCCUGUACCCGGGCGGACGGAAAUGAAGUGCUCACAGAGAGAGCACUUCCUGUCCGCCGGGUACAGGAAACUGAGCUCCGCGGUGCGCUCGGCCACACUACAAGGUAGGAGCUCAAGGAAGGGGGGAAUGAAACUGAGGGAGAGAUAUGGGUGGGGGACUGAGAGGGGAGAUAUGGGGGGAACUGAGUGGGAGAGGAGAGAUAUUGGGGCUGACUGAGUGGGAGAGAUAUGGGGGAACUGAGGGAGGGACAGGGGGAGAGGGGGGACGACACACAAAAACACAUCACCCCACACACACAAACACAUACACUGUACCCCUCAAUGCAGUGUGUGUACACGCAGCAGUCUGUGUGUGUGUGUACUCGGCAGUCUGUGUGUGGGUAUUUAGCAGACUGUGUACGUAUUCAGCAGUCUGCUAAAUACAGACAGACUGCUAAAUACACCCACAGAGAUGUUAAUUAGUUCGGACAACUGUAUGAGUUGUUUUUUCUAAACCUCAGUAUAAAGGUUUAAUUGCCGUUUUGGCACUUUGAGGGAAAAAAAAUUGGCAUGUAUUACAGUUUGGGCACUCUGGCUCAAAAAGGUUCGCCAUCACUGACCUAGACACUAUUUUAUGAAGUUACAAUGCUGUAAAAGAGAUGUGACAAGUUCAGGUUUGUAAGUGUGAAUUUUAAUGGAUGGUUUUGAUGCAUCCGUGUCCUACUUUGGAGCACUUUAGCAGGCUACAUAAUCCAACUACAACAUAAAGGCAUACCAUUUCUUAAAGAACACAUCCCAGGGUAUUUCAAAAGGCAUAUUUUGAACUUUAGCGUGGGAUAAUUUUUCCACUAACUUGUACCAAGUGUAGUGGUAAUAUGCAUUUUUUCUGCAUCUUUGACACACAAAGUGAGUUUGCACAGUAUAUUUUGCAAAACUUAUGUGUGCAAUGACUGUAUAAUACUUCAUAUGUUGCUCAGCUAUUUCGUCUGAGUACAGCAAUACCCCCGUAUGUACCUUUGCCAGGUAUAUACGGACAUUGAAGGGGCACAUUUGAGACACAGCCAUUCCAGUUUUGUUUUCAAACUUUGAAUUUGUCCGCUGUAUCCAUGUCCCAUUUUUGAGUAUUUUAGCAGGCUAUAUAUUCUAACUACACCAUAAAGGCAUACCAUUUCUUAAAGAAAACAUCCCAGGGUAUUUUAAAAGACAUAUUUUGAACCUUGGCGUAGGAUCAUUUUUCUGCUGGCUUGUACCAUGUGUAGUGGUAAUAAGCCUUUUUCUGCCUUUUUUGACACACAAAUUGAGUCUGCACAGUAUAUUUUGAAAAACUUAUGUGUGCUACGGCUGUAUAAUAUUUCAUCUGUUGCUCAGCUAUGUCGUCUAAGUACAACAAUACCCCCGUAUGUACCUUUGCUGGGUAGAUGUGGAUGGUGAAGGGGCACAUUUGAGACGCAGCCAUUUUUUUUUUUUUCCUAACUUUGAACUUUUACACUGUGUCCAUGUUCCAUUUUGGAGUAGUUUAGCUGGUUUGUUAUUAAAACUACUCCACAAACGCAUACCAUUUUUAAAAGAAUACACCCUGGGGUAUUUUAAAAGGCAUACUUUGAACCCUAGCGUGGGAUCAUUUUUCCACUGGUUUGUUCCAGGUGUAGUGGUAAUGAGCAUUUUUGAAUGUAUUUUUUUUUUACUCUUAGACUUUUUAAAAAAAACUUUACCGUUAACCCCUAACUUGCAGUAAACAGCACUAACAGUAAAUUCCCCAAUUUCUCAUAACUCCCACCUACCCCAGCUAGCAAAAUAUAUCAUUUUAAAAUAUUUAAAUAAUUAAUUAAAUAAAUCGAACCCCCGAGGGUUAAGAAAUAAAUAAAUUAAUCCUCAGGUGUUAAAAAAAAUUACAGUAUCAGAUUACGGAGAUUUGGGAUUUAACUUAAACUUUAUUUUUUUACAGGGAGAAGCAGAUCAUCACUGAUCUAUAUCCCUGCACUUCACACUGACUGCGGAAGAGCAGCGAGGCGGAUCAGAGGUCCCUGCAGCACAUGUGCUCGCUCUGACAGGCUGUCAGAGUGAUCACAGCUGCAGGGACAGUGCGAUCGGGUGCUCCUGGUCUGCCUUGAAUACAGAGGCAAACCGGAGGAGCGUUAACCCUGCGAUUGCUGCGAACUUUAGUAAAUGACGGAAAUUUGCCAUCAAGGGUCCUUAAUGCAAGGGGGCAAGCUUGACGGAUGAAAUUCCGUCUUUGGUCAGGAAGGGGUAAAAACCCUUUGUUUGUUCCUCGGCUUUGUAAGGAACACUGAUAAUUUUAAUAUUAAGCAUAUAUCUUUAAGGGGAACUGCUACUCCCUAUAAUUAGGUUUAAUAUUCAAGAAAGAUGUAUUUGAGUUGUGAGAAAAAAAGAAAAAAAAAAAAAAGGAAAUGCAUCUUGGCCCCCUGUAAAUUAUUCUGUCCAUUGCUGUCUGUGUAGAGAGAAGAGACGCAAUGACAGUGUUUCUAUUCCUCCUGUUCCCUGGCAAUGUUUGCACUGGAUUAUGUUGUAAUUUGCUAAACCUUUAAAAUUGUUUUAAAAUAAAUUGGAGCAUUUCAUGAAAAAAAAAUUCACAAGUUUAUAGGUGUUUUAAAUUAUUGAUUCAGUGGCUCGUAUUCCAGAGAAGUACCGUAACUUUUUAAAUAACGAUUUUAUUUGUGGAGCUUGCAAUAAUUUCUAAUCUCAAUGAUUCAGUUUGCUGUUCCUGGUAAAAUUGGAGUUAGGGUGCCAUCUGCUGGCUAAUUUGAUUAGUGGUUUGCAUCUGAAUAACUGUAACAAAGAUGCUCAGGUCUGCAUUCUGAUUUUGAUGUUCAGAAUGGUAGAAUGUUUACUGGAUGGUUUUUUUGUUUUGUUUUGUUAAUCUGACACAUCUACUGCAUUCACUUGUUAAAAUAUAAAGUAUUUAUGAAAACAAUUUGAGCUAUUUUCAUCCCAGGAGUUAAUGUUCUUUUUAAUGCUUUAUGACUAUUUGGGGACUGUCAAUUUGCCGGAAUAACAAAACUAAUAUUUGAAUCUGGCCAUUAAAGUUCACAUUUGACAUAAUUGUCACACUAGGUGUUGGGAUAUAUAUGGUCAUUUUAGAAGAAUUUUGAAUCUUUUCCCAUGGUAAAAAUCAGCUUGCCAAAGGGGAUGAAAUGUGAGAGAGAAAAACCCACUAUGUGUCAGUUAAUACAUCAAACUAAUAAUUCUGUGCCACAUCUAAUUUUCUAUGUUUCAUACAGUAUUUCUACUUUGUUCUAAAAUGUUCCAUAUUUGAUCUUUCAGGUUCCAGUUGCCUGUAAGUCGUGCCCUUGUGGAUAUAUAUUUAUAAGCCGAAAACUUUUACAUGCAAGACAGUCAGAAAGACUGCCACAAACCUCAGGUAAGUGCACCUUAUUCACAGAACCAUUGCUGCCUCUUAUUUCGGAAGCUUCAAAUAACAACAGGUUUCUGUUACACAAAUCAGUUCUAUGUAAAGAGCCUGAAUAUUAUUAGAUUUAGUCACUGCAUUGGGUAUUGGAGAAAAUUGCAAAUUUUAGGCCAAAUUAGCAGAAUUGGAGAAAAUCUCCACUUUUCCAAAACACUUAAUUCGGACUACCACUUACAGGUCCUCUGUCAAUUCUCCACAAUUUGAAUAGUUUUUUGUACCUGAUACUAUAUCACUGACCACUCUUGGGCUCUACAUGUUGUGCUAUCAGGCACCAGAUUUCGACGAAUUCUUACAACGCUGCUGUUAAGGACGUCAGGCGUGAAUCCACAGUUCCGUGCAGCCGUAACAAAAACGUCAAUCAAUUUAACAUUUUAGUUGGGAGAAACUAUUUAAUAGUAACAGUUUUAAGGAAAUACAGUAGAAGGAGCAAGGGCUGAGCAGUUGAGGAGGAAAAAAAUAUGUUUUUAGGGUCAAGAGAUGGAGACAGAAUGCUUAUAAAAUCUCACUUGUUUGAACAGAAAACAGAUCUGACCCCAAACGGCGUAGAACUGAGAGAAUUAAAAGAGAGAGAAUAAAUGCAACCGUAAAUAAGGAGCUGGAAAACCGGAAACGAUCGAGAUCCAGAUCCAACAGCCAGAGUGAGGCAGCACGACGAGGCCGAGGGAGGCCCAAAGCCACGUCUACCAAGAAGCAAGAGGAGGAAAAGGGUAGAGGUUUAAAUCAUUUCAUGCCUGGCAAGUAAAGAAUGGCUUUAUAACGUAAAUUAGAUAUGUGGGCUAGAAAUGAUCGGAUCAAAGGCUCAUUGGCCAUGUUUUAGAACGUCUGCAGGAAAUGCCAAGAAAAAACCUAAAUCAUAUAAGACCUAAGAAAAUCAAACAAGCCUUUAGGAGGGAUAGUCAUAUUUAAUUUGUGCCAAUUGAGCAGGAAUGUAAAUGUGAAACUGUUAGAGAGGUACCGCAGAUAUAUUUUACAGAGUGUUGGUUGCAAGGUAAUAAGAUUACAAGCAAAAGAGAUGGGCUUUAUGUGCUAGACAUAUCACUUCCUCGUUAUCCCUAGAAAUUUAGGAUGGCAUUAGCACAAAUUACAAACAUGGGGUGUUGGUACUAGGCAAUAGCUGGGUUCGGUAACCUAGAAAAUACAGAUAAUUACACUGUCUUGUUUUUACAUUAUGUGCUAAUGGAAAGGGGUUUCACUGCUAAAGCCCCUGCAUUUUUCCUUGAAAGCUAAUAAAUAAGUUGGAGUGUCCCUUUAAUUAUCAGCAAACUUCACUUGCUUUAGUAUAGUGUGCUAGUGUGCUUUAGUAUAGUGUGCUAAUUUUGGGAUUACACCAGAGUGUGAAGCAAUUUUGAAAACAAUUUAGCACCCAGGUUAUAUCUGUUCGUAUUGCUUUAGUAUAGUGAUACAUUUAAAAAAAACACUAACAGCCUACAUUUUAUACAUUUGCAACAUUUGUCUUUUUUUUCUUGUUAAAUGCAGAAAAGCAAGAGAAGGAGAUCGAUAUGUACGCCAACCUAUCCGAUGAAAAGGCGUUUGUGUUUUCUGUGGCUCUUGCAGAAAUCAACAGGAAAAUUAUCAAUCAAAGGCUUAUACUUUGACCAAGGUCGGGGUCAAGGUUACUCAUGGGCUGUAUCAGCAAUGCGCAGCAAUCAAAGACUCUGCUAUUCCGUGCGUUCACUGAGAAUCUGAUCCUGCACUAAAGACUGUCUGUUUUUGUUAUUUCUAUUUAAUUAUUUUAUUUUUUAUUUUUUUACCAAGCGUGGUAGCAAUACUAUAAUCUUUUAGGCCCAAGGAAGCUUUUAUGUAAAAAAAAAACAAAAAAAAACAUAAAACCCCAAACAUGAUUUUAAUCCUUUUUAGAAGAGGAAUUCAUUCUGGGAACUAGCCAGAGUAUGUGUAUUUAAAGCGCUUCAAAACAAAAAAAGUAUAAAAUAUCGCUUUUUCUUUUUUUUUUUAAUUAAGAGGAAAUAAAAUUUAGCUCUGACACAUGUACAGUUUAUAUAAUCUUUAUAUAUUAAACCGGUGCUAAAAUCCAAGAGUUUAAAUGAAUCCUUUAUUGCGGAAUCUCUCUCUCUUACCAUUUACUGCUAUGGUUCACAAAUGUUUGUAGAAUUUAGGAGACAGACUUAAUAGUUUAGGAGUUAAAUAGAGAAUUUUUCCACAUUGGUUACUUUUGUGUAAAAUUAGCAAUUCACAUUUCAUCCAAAAUCUUUUCAGGAGCUGUAGCUCCGUGGCUCCUGCAGUUUGUCAUCAUUUAUUUGUUUUGUAGCAGGGACGUCUGGGAGCAGUGGAUACUAUUUUCGACUUGGCUUGGUGACCUUGUGUUUGACAAGCUCAAAAAAGGAGACAGAGACAUGAAAACUAUUUUAGGUAGAGGUUUUCCAGAAUGUGCUAAGUGAUACGGAUUUUGUAGCAUAGUUAAAAUGAUCCUGUCGCCGACAAAAUAGUUUUAUUGGCUUAAUAUGCACACUCAAAGAUUUGUUUUUGGUAAUAACACCCAUGCAAUGUAGCUUAAAGGGUUACUCCAACCAUCAUAACAAUUGCAGCCUCUUGUGGUUAUGGUGGUGGCAAUACCCUGGCGGCAAUGGUUUGCCCUCCUAGCUGGUACUUUUGGACGCUAGGUCUCUUCUGAAGCAGGGUUUAUGACAUUUGGCUUCUACAGAGCUGCUGGAUGCCUAUCCUUCUGCUAAUUCACGAGUGCCUGUGCAUCUAAAUUUGCUCAGAAUUGACAUCAGCCAGGACGAAACUCUUGUUCCGGGCUGGUUGAUGACGCCGAUAAUGCUGCCAGAGGUGAAGUUACAACUCCAGCAGCAAAAGGGUUAAACUUGAUAUAGUGAAACGCUGCACAUACAGUCUCCCGGCAUCGUGACCACUUUAAAUCACUGAAGUGGUCAUGUUGUCUAGCGUAACCUUUUAACCCCUCCUGUCCCUCAUGGCCAAAAACAGAAUCUGGCUGCCUACUUUACUGUAGAAACCCUGCUUAUUUUUUUUUUCUCAAGAUAUAUAAUGAAUAGAAAAAUGUAUCCUGUUCAUUUGUGCAUCGUGUGUACAUAUGCAUAAUCUUCUUUAAAGGAACACUCCGAGCACCAUAACCACUAGAGUGGAGUGCCCUGGUGCUCGCUCAUUGCAAGCAGAUACACGGUUUUAGAACAGUUUGACUUGCCUGUUGUCCUCUGGCAUCCCGUCUCACUGUCUUUAGGGAGCAGCGCAAGGCAGACCCCUAGUAAGACCCCAAACCAUCCGCAAAUGUUUGCCUUGCAUACAUGCUAUUACAGUGAACUGCAAUAGUUAUGGUGCUUGGAGUGUUCCUUCCGUAAAACUAAAAACUGAUGGGAAAUGUUUGUGCAUAGAAACAAGAGCUGCUGAAUGAACAUUUACUUUAUUUCAUCAUUGAAGGGGUGUGUAUGUGUGUGAUGUGAAACAAACAAAUCGCUUUGAAAAUUCAGGGUUACAACCAAAGUGAGAAUACAAAGUGAAUUUUAAAUUUACAGCCAUUCAGAGCUAUUAGUUUACUAUUUAUUUAUGAAUUAAUAAUGAGUUAAGUACCAUAACUACUACAGUUUAUCAUAGGGGCAAUAACGCAAUGUGCCCGUUAGGUUUGUGCAAAACGGUUUUCUAUCCCUGUCAAUCAGAGCCCGCCCCUUGCUACCUUGUCAUUCUAGGGAAAUAUUGCUUCCUAAUCGUUAAUCUAAGUUCUUGUACAGUUUAACCCCUUGGUAUAGGCCAAUUUGCCUCCUCCUAUAUAUAAUCCAUACAGUUAUCUCCAUAUUGUCGGUGAGUUGUUUCUGAAAGCUUUAGCUAUUCUAUAAGGAGGUCACUUGUGAAUUGCUUUUAUCUACUCCUAUCCUAUAAGUUUACAGGUGAUGCAUGCUUAUGUUGUAUUUUUUUUUUUUCAGGAACACAAACAUCUUGUCCCCCUUAAUAUAGUAAAAUCUUACUUUUAUUCAAGUCUGCAGCUGCUGGCUCUGCCCAUGAUCUGCCUGCUUGGCUGACAUCAUCAGAAGUGAUUCUCUGAGCCAAUCACACUGCUUUCCCAUAGGAUUGGCUGAGACUGUCAAGGAGGCAGAUCAGGGGCAGAGCCAGCACAAGCCAAUCAACAUCUCCUCAUAUAGAUGAAUUUAAUUAAUGCAUCUCUAUGAGGAAAGUUCAGUGUCUGCAUGCAGAAGGUGGAGACAUUGAAUGUCAGUCACAUUCUGCAGUACUGCCCCAGGAAGCACCUCUAACAGCCAUCUGAGGAGUGGCCAGUGGAGUUAUCCCUAGGCUGUAAUAUAAACACUGCAUUUUCUGAAGGGAAUGAUUCUACUCACCAGAACAAAUUCAAUAAGCUGUAGUUGUUCUGGUGACUAUAGUGUCCCUUCAACCAUAUCACACUCUGUUGUGAGUUUUUAUUUUUUUAUUUUAUUUAAUUUAUUUUCAGAUACAUUAAUAUCCACCUUUGUCAGAGCUAUAGGUUAUAUCCCAGCUACCUGUAAGUUAUAUAAGAACACCCCCUUUGACAAGAAGAGGGCUAGAUUGGUUUGUUUUCCACAUCAUGUUCCCAGAAUUGUAAAUUGAAGAACUCCCUCUCACAUUAUUAGAUUCAAUCUUUGAAAUCUGCUCUUACAUGAGGGAGACUGUCUCAAAUCACCCAAGAUCCAAUUUUCAGAGCAAAGUCUGACUAGGAUGAGAAACACUUCAGAGAUAAAGUAUUGCCAUCUAAAUUUGACACAUUAUCUAGAACAUUUUAAUCAUAGCAAACAGACUGAUGUAACAGUUAAAUAAAAUACAGACAACUGUAUGGCCUAUUAUUUAAAAAAUUAUAUAUAUGUGUGCAUUUGCUCUAUACCUAAACUGUAAUUCCUAUUCAAAGGGGAAAAACAC